GUCAGUGUGGGGGGGUUUAAUACAUGUGUGCAUGUACAAGUGCUAUAUAAAAUAUGUGCAUUUUCACAAGCAUCACAAUUGUGUUAUUUAGGGAAGAUAACGAGGCAGUAUUGUCUUCCUUGAGCAGGUCUGUGCUGGCAUCCUGCAGCAGCAUGAAGGGAUCCCACUUGUUCCUCUGCCUCUUCUCCGUGUCGUGCUGGUUGAAUCUGAUGCCGACAGCUGGGAACAGCAUCUUCCACUUCGGACACUGCAGGGUUUCAAUGAGCACGGCUGAGAUCAGGCUUGGCUUCACUGCAAUUAAAGCCAACAUUCAAGCCAGAGACCCCAUCAGGACCCUGAGCAUUUUGUCCCACCCGCACUCUCUGCACAAGGUUAAGUCUUCAGAAAGGUGCUGCAUCACCCAUCACCUCUUCAACUUCUACGUGGACAGAGUCUUCAAGCACUGCAAGACCGAGGAUUCAUACAUCAACCGAAAGAUCAGCAGCAUAGCCAACUCCUUCCUCAGCAUGAAGAGGACGCUCAGGCAGUGUCAUGAGCAAAACAAAUGCAUGUGUGGGGAGGAAUCCACUGAGAAAUUUAAGCAAAUACUUGCAAAUUACGAAGGGCUAAAUGUCACAUCUGCAGCAAUGAAAUCCCUGGGUGAGCUGGACAUCCUGCUAGAUUGGAUGGAGAAGUCUCAGAGAGCAGAAGGUGUUAACCGCCCACCAAAGGCUGGGGCUAAGGAAGCUGCUGGCACGUUGCACACACCAGUGGUGCGCAGGAAGACAAUGUGCUGUACCACUGCAGAAUCCCACUGACUGCAGCUGUGUUCAGUCAGACACUGGGUGUUUUACCAACAGGGUAUGUAGGUGAAUGCAUCAGCAGAGCCUUGCAUGAAGGUGGAAAUAUCAAGGUUGAUCAAAUGAGCACAGCACUCACUUAGAUGCCUUCUAUCAAAGGAUGCUCUCCAAGGAAGAUCUCAUAGGGUUUCUCUUGCUGCAGACAUAAACUAUGAUCAUUUCAUAAAAAUACUGCUUAAAUUAUCAUUUUUUUUUGUAUAGAGAAUGUAUAUUCAUGAGUGCUGGAAUGACUCUGGUGUAGUCAAUGCUGCAGAGCAGUGCCCAUACAUCUGGGCUCAGUCUUAUGUGGCUGCUGCUGCUGUGUGAUCUGGCUGAAAUGAGGUUCAGAGGGUGAGAAAUGCUCCCAAGAACAGGUCCUAGUAGGUAUGUCAGGCCUUAGAAAUCUGUGUUUCCUUUUGAGAUGAUAUUUUGUGCCUUAUCAGUACAAGAACAGUUCCUACACGAGAUACGUGGUUGCUGAAUAGAAAAAGGGUCAUGCGUGUACUGUGUAAUUUACUGACAAUAGUAAGCUGUGUGGAAAUCUGUUACAAUUACUGUAAAUAAACCCCACCUGAAACUGUGAUGAGUCUGUCCAGAUUCUGAGGAAUUACAUGUUUCUUGUUGAUGAAACUUGUUGAAUUCACUGGGGUGCCCUUUCAUAGCAGAUACUGUCACUCCUGGUCAUGCAAUCAUCCCAGAGGUGAUGCAUCCUUCCUGGCAUGCCAGAGACAGCAAAGUUCAAACCUGAGUGAUCCUAAAUCACCCCUCCUUGUCCCUUAGACCACUUUUAUUGUGCAUUAUGGUUAGUUUUGGUCUGUUUCCACACACCUGGGCCUUUUUCAGGCACCACAGACUGCACACACAUUGCUGGUACCCACUGGUUCUGCAUGCUCUAAAUCCCUUUUCUAAUGUGUUUUCGCACAAGAUGUUAAUGUAUAAAUACAUAUUGCUGUAGUAUCUGCAAAUUACAGGGGUCUAAUGCUUUAGGAAAUGAAUGAAGAGCACCCAAGCCCUCUCUCCAUGCAGCCAGGAGGUGUUAUGCACACUUGGUGUGAGGGCCCAGGUAAAUGCAACCAGUGCAAACCCUGGUAACACCCUAGUCCUAAUAUUUCAAGUGAUAAAGUCUUGCUGCUUCAUUCAUGAGACAUAAGGCUUGAGUAAGACUAGAGGAUAGGCUUUGUUAUUAUGGAAUAAGGUCUUCCUGUCCUCACGGAGAACCUAGGUACUGCUGUGGUUUCAUCCCCACCACAGACCUCUGGCAGCAACCCGGCAUUGCCAGAGCCUUGUGUCAGCCUGGGGGGCACUGCACCUUUCCUGGGGCACCAACAGGAUGAAGAGCUGCAGAGGAGGAGGAGGAGGCUCCUCGUCCCUUCCCUAAAAGCCUCGGUGAUAACCUGGCAGUGUGAGCUCACCAGCAUUUGCCUACAGCACAUCUACACGUGCUUCACCCUGAGCGGGAUUUGGUGAUUCACUGCAAGGGAAAGAUCUCCUUCAUUGCUCACGAUCCUUCCUCAAAUAUUUGCUUUUGCCAAAGGAAAGCCUUUCGGCUCUUGGAUUCUCGUAAUUUGCUUUCUCAUGGAAUUCUGCAGCAUGGCUUUCGCUUAUCCUGGUGCUAGGGCAUGAAUGGGUGAACACAUCCCUCCAUGCUCUAUCAGUGUUCAUGAUACCAUCACCCCGAAAUCAGCCAUUGACGAAUGACAGGUAUCUUCAACAUACCAGGAUUUUGUGUUAAAGAAAAGCCUUUAGGAACGAAGCAGUGAUGCAGUGAGGUACCACAGCUUGUCACUGACCAAAGGGAAUCAGUUGGAUGUUUGGUGAACUGUCUGGUGAAGGAGAUGGGGCUACUUGGGGAGGUCCUUGUGAACCUUUCCAUGGAUCAUGGUGGGCUCUGGGUCACAGACUGAGUGAGAAGCGUGGGGUUUAUUCCAUCCCCUCAGCUUAAUCUGUCACAGGGGUUAUUGAUCGUAUUUCAUUGAUGAUUUCCUGCACAGGGGGUUGCACGCCUCGGUCCAUGCACGCUUCACUGGCUCAGCGCUGCACAUCUCUGGGCGUUCCGCUCAUCCCUAUGGCUCCCAGCACAGUGCAGGAGUGGAGCUGAGGGAAGGAUGCCGGCGGGCAGGCUGAAGAGGAAACGGGUUUCAAAGGGAGAGCAAAAGGGGUUUUCUCCUGCAGCUUUAUGACAGCUUCCCCCCGGGGACACUUCCCAAGUGCACACCUUGCUUAUUGCACCAGAAUCAUUCAUUCGUUUCCAGCAACUCCAGGCGGGUGCAGACCUGUCCUGGCCACUCCACAGCUUUUCCAAUAUCCAGCCCCCUUCCCACCAUCCUGCAUGAGAUACAGCCCGGGAGAUGAGGGAGAUGAGCUAUAGCCUGAGAGCCAGGCCAGGCUGGAUGGGGCUUGGAGCAAGCUGCUCUAGUGGAAGCUGUCCCUGCCCAUGGCACAGGUUGGAACUGGAUGAGCUUUAAGGUCCCUUCAACCCGAACCAGGCUGGGAUUCUGUAUUUGAGCUCCCAGCCUUGCUAUCAGUAAGGUGAUGACUGUUGCAAUGUGGAUGUGAAAGCAGCCCUGUAAACACAAAUCCCACUGGAGCUGCUACCCUCAUGCUCAGCUCAGUGCUUAUAGUGGGAGGUCCAUGAUGGGGUUUAUCCCUGAUGAAAACUCAGCAUCUGCAGACUGACACAACCAACCAUUGCCUAGCACCUUGCUGAGCUACCAACUCCAUCAUUACUGCUACCUACAUUACUUUAUCUGCAGGGUAUUUAUUUCCAUUAAGUGUAGGAUUCUUCUACCAUC